UAUCAAUGGAAGCUCCUCCUUCCGAACGAUUCCAACCAUUUAUUGCAACAGAAUGGAUCGAAGGUGAGAUCCGACAUCGACGCAAACUCUAUAGAAAACUAUUCUUUAUCGAUCUUUUAUUACCAACGGACGGCAAGGUACAAGUUCUUUUUCGUUGCGACGAUGGAUCCAUGUCAACAUUGAAUCACCAAGAUUGUCUACGACUUGCACGACCAGGCCACAAAGUACGCUUACAUGUAGGUCCACCCACUGAUCCUACCGAAAGUCAAGGACGACCAUUUAAAGUAUGGCAAUGUACAACGGUUCCAGAAAUUACACAGGCCUACAACCAGUCUCAACCAUUUAUAACCGAUCCACCAUUGAUGAACAAGAAACAUGAUACUAUCAAGCAAUGGAAUGGAGAAGAGAAACUCAAAAAGGAUUUGCCCUGCAAGUACUGGCUUAAUCAACGGAAAUGUUACCGUAUCGAUACUUGUCCAUUUCAACAUCCUACUGGUCCUGAUUUUGAAAAGGCAAGAGAAACUUGGGUACAAGAGCGAAUAGAGAUUCGAAAAAUCAUCACAUGCGAUCCAAAUGAUCCUCAUCAAGACAAAAAACCUCAUGCCUUAAGAGCCUUGAUCUUUGCUCAAUGGAUCUAUGAACAGCUUUUGUCGAAACUGAAGCCAAAUAUGGACGACAUGACUGUACUGGAUAUAGCAGGUGGGAAAGGAGAAGUAUCGAUGUUUUUAUGUCAUGCGUUUGGUAUCCCGUCUACAGUAGUGGAACCUCAAGCAAGACCGCAACCCAAGUACUGGUUUACUCGAUUACGACGAUUGAUGGAAAAACAUAUCAUGAAAGAGGAAACUUCUUAUGCACAAUCAUGGCCCUACCCAAAUCUCAAGCCUACUUUCUUAACAACAUUAUUGGAUGAUCGCUUUUUACAACAAUAUCAUGACUUGAUGCUCCAAGUGACCUUGUUGAUUGGUUUACAUGCAGAUCAAGCUACCGAACCUAUUGUAGAUACCGCCAUCCAGCUGGGUAAACCUUUUGCUGUAGUACCUUGCUGUGUUUUUGGUCGAGAAAAUUUACAUCGAAGGUUAAUCUCUGGUGCUCCUGUGGCCACUACUAAGGAUUUGAUUCAGUAUUUAUGCGAAAAAGAUACCGGUGUAUAUGGUGGCAAGAUACAGACUGCUUAUUUGGACUUUGAAGGCAAGAAUCAGGUUGUUUACUGGAUACCCUCUUCCCUAGUAUAGAUAUUCUGUGUUAGAUUCUUAGUUUGUUUUUCUUUUCUAAAAAAAAAAAAUUGAGAUCAUAAUAAAAAAAAAAAAAAGAAUGUGA